AUGGUGGUUCUCAGGGACCAUAGCUUAAAAUUGAUUGAAACAGGCGAUUUGCUCACUGCCGAAUAUUUCCAACAACGGUGGACUAGAGUUGUCAAACGAUUAUCUAAGUCGUUGGAGACAAAUGCCGACUACAGCAGGUCUGUGCAUUUCUGCCUAAAUCCUGAAUUCAAAAUCGUCCCAAGACUGGUAUGCAAGGUCAAGGAAUCCAUUGAAAUAUUCGGUAGUUGUACAGAGUACCCCAGGGGUCUGAAUUCAAGCUUGGGGAUAGCCAUCCAAGCAGAACUCAAGGCGUUGAAAGCCCGUCAGAUCGACAGCUUGGCGCCUAGGGCCCGUUCAAGAUCCGACCUAUCGCUUGAUCGCUCGUUUCGAGACGAGCUGCAAGCCUCCAAUUCCUUCAGCCACAAGGAUGACCGCCGGGGAUUUGUCCAGGUUCAGACACGGAAAUAUGGUGGUCACACCGCAUCUCUGCGAUAUCGGGAAGGUUCAAAUGGUCACUUCAAGCCUCCAAGCGCUCUCCACCGCCGUUCCGAACUGGAUCCAGCAGUCGGUCCAGAAUGGCGCUUCCACUCGCCCGUCAAGGAUUCGAGGGUUUGA